GCUGCAGUAUUGCGCUUUCCUGUUUACGGGCGGGAAGAGCGAACCGAGCUGACAGUGGAAGCUCCAGUGCUCUCACAGGGAGCGCGCUUCUUUUAAUUUCCUUUGCAGCUGUUAGUUUACACGUGUUAAUGGUACACGGGAUACUGCGGGGUCCAGUGCGUAGGAUUUAAGAGGACUGUUGCUGAAAACUAAGGAGGUUUUGGUCGUGAAGGGCAGAUGGAGGAACCUCCAGCAGAUUCAGGCGGCGGUGCAGCGGCGCAGGGCCCCGUGGUGCAGGUGGCAGAGAUACGCUGGCCGACUGGAGCUCUCCCUCUGCGGCUCCUCGAGUGGAAAGUCAAGCCCGGGUCACUUGUUAAGGUGGAUUCCGUGCUUGCUCUGUGUGCCCCCAUACCUCAAGAGAAGGGGGCAGAAGCUCCCAGGCUGCCAGUGAAGAAGGUGAAAUCGGACCGUGCUGGAGCAGUAAAGGAGCUCUGCUGUCAGCUGGGUCAAGUCAUCCCCCCCGGGGGUGUAAUCAUCAGAGUGGAGGAAUGCAGCCAUCCAAUAGUAAUGAAGGGUUUAUGUGCUGAAUGUGGCCAGGAUCUGACUCAACUGCAGAGCACAAAUGGGAACCAGCAAAUCCCCAUCUCCACAGCAACGGUCUCCAUGGUGCACAGUGUCCCCGAGCUGAUGGUCAGCUCAGAGCAAGCAGAACAGCUGGGCAGAGAAGACCAGCAGAGACUCCAGCGGAACAAAAAGCUGGUCCUGAUGGUGGAUCUGGACCAGACCCUUAUCCACACUACUGAACAGCACUGCCAGCGUAUGUCCAACAAGGGCAUUUUCCACUUCCAGCUCGGGCGAGGAGAUCCAAUGCUUCACACUCGACUACGCCCACACUGCAAAGAAUUCCUGGAAAAAAUUGCCAAACUCUAUGAGUUACACGUCUUCACUUUUGGGAGCCGCCUUUAUGCACAUACUAUUGCAGGUUUUCUGGACCCUGAAAAGAAGCUUUUCUCUCAUCGGAUCCUUUCCAGAGAUGAAUGCAUCGAUCCUUUCUCCAAGACAGGAAAUCUAAGGAAUCUUUUCCCUUGUGGUGACUCAAUGGUCUGCAUAAUUGAUGACCGGGAGGAUGUGUGGAAGUUUGCACCUAACCUCAUCACUGUGAAGAAAUACAUCUACUUCCAGGGCACAGGAGACAUCAACGCUCCCCCUGGAUCGAGGGAGGCUCAGAUGGCAAAGAAAGGAGGCCCGGCGAGUCGAUCAGCAGAGAGUGCAGAGCCAGCAGGGACGCCUGGUGUGGACGAGCUGAGUAAUGGCCCCAGGAAAAAGGAGAAAGACCAAAACACAUCUGCAAAGGAAGAGUCCUCAACGUCACCGUCUUCUCAGGGAGCGCUAUCGUAUGAACGCACACAUCCGUCAGGGGUCGUGGUGGAUGAAUCAGGUAAAGGGUCAGAAACUGAGGCAGAGUCUUUGCCAGGGUUAAGGGAAACUCAGGUGGACGACAGAACUAAUGUUAAGGAUGAAGAGAGCGUUAGGACACUGUUGACACGAGAAGCACAGGAGAGUGCGAACUCAUCAGUACCAAGCCAUGAGUCCAAUAACUUGGACUUUGACCUUUCAAGUGACAGUGACAAUGACUCCAUAACAGAGAAGCCUCCCUCUUCAGGGAGCGACAGUGAAAUCAAGUCAACAAAAUCUGGACAGGAAAAGGCCACAUAUGAAGCUGGUGAUGGGGAAGGGGCAAAGGAAGGGAACAGUACAGGUCACUGUGAGGAAGAAACCACUUCUGAUGUGCCAGAACCGUCAGGAGUUCUGCUCCCUGAUCCUGAGCUGGGAAACGGCUGCUCGGACCGGAGAGAGCCUGAAACUGAAUCCCAGAAUAGCGAACAAUCUGGAGUCACCAUGGGCGAGGAGCUGUUGGACCAGAGUAUGGAAGAUGAAGAGGAGGAAGAAGAGAUCGAUAUUGACCAGGAUGAUCACCUGAUCUACCUGGAGGAAGUGCUGGAAAGGAUCCACGCAGAGUACUAUGCACGUUACCAGGCCUACCUGAUGAAGGAGGCUCCUGAAACACCGGACAUCCGAAAGAUUGUCCCAGAGCUUAAGAGCAAGACGCUGGAGGGCACGAUGAUUGUGUUCAGUGGCCUGUACCCGACCAACUACCCUAUGGAGAGGACCAGGGAGUUCUACCACGCCAAAGCACUAGGGGCCAAGAUCGGCAAGAAUCUGCUUCUGAGCUCCAAAGAUCCAAGUCGGACGACACAUCUCAUCGCAGCAAGAGCUGGCACAGAGAAGGUCCGCCAGGCCCAAGGCUGUAAGCACCUCCAUGUGGUCAACCCUGACUGGCUUUGGAGCUGUCUGGAGCGCUGGGAGAGAGUGGAGGAGCAGUUGUACCCUCUCAAAGAGGACUAUUCAAGAACACCAAGGAGCAACAGUCCAGCAGCAUUCUUCGACAAUCUGGGCUCUUUACAGAAGCCUAUCUUCCAACCCUCAGCAAUUCAACACAGACCUCCACCUCCGGCCCCUGAGAUUCGAACCUAUGACCCUGUCACUGGGAAGCUGAUCCGCAAGGGCCCUCAGGUGCCACGGCUACCCCCCUACCUCCAGGCGUCAGGGUCUUUGUUGCUCUCUGAACAAAGAGAGCAAUCUUGUCUCAGGGGAACCUCACAGAGUCAUCCAGAUGACGUGGCCGGACCCAGCCAAGAUGACGAGCAGCCUGGACCGUCGCGUCGAAAACGUCAGCUGAGCAUGUCCGAAACGAUGCCUCUGUACACGCUGUGCAAGGAGGAUCUGGAGAGAAUGGACAAAGAGGUGGACGACAUCUUAGGGGAGGAGAGCGACAACGAGAGUGAGGGCAGAGGGAAGGAGAAGACCAGCACUGAGGGGGUGGAUGAAGAGGAGGAGCGGCAGCAGCAGCAGCAGCAGCAGCAGCAGCAGCAGCCAGAAGCCGGGCAGAUAGCAGGAGGAGGCCCAGGUCCUGAGGUACCGGGCGUGGACCAGGAAAUGAAGACUGAGUUUCCCGCCAGACUGCAGGACAGUGUCCCAAGGGGCCACAAACGCAAGCACGAUGAAGCCAAGGAGGCAGACACCGAGGAGAGGAAGGAGGAGGCGGAGGAAUCUGCCGACGAGUCCUCUAAAGACUCCGCUGAAGAAGAGGGCGGCAGCAGCUCAGAGGCAGACGAGAUGGCGGCUGCCUUGGAGGCGGAGCUAAAUGACUUUAUGUGAAGAGACUUGUUUAAACAAAUCAACCCCAGUCGCCCGAGCAAGUGGUACAUAGAGAUCCUAUUUUUCUGGUUUGGAGUCUGUGUGAGUGUGUGCUGUAAUAAAGGAGUGUCCUGUACAGAAUGAUGUGUCGCCGUGUAAAUAAAGGCUUAUUUUUUGUAGCAUUGAUAUACGGCCUUUUUGGCUUAAAACAAUUUGAGGUUAACAUUUUAUUGUAAGAUAACAAACCUGAGCAGACGUGGGAUUUGAUACCUUUUUCUUUUACUUUUCUAUUUGGAUUUUUAUAUCGUUGAGAAGAAGAAGUGUUUUUUUUCUGGUCGUUUAUGCCAAAGAGUUCAGAGAGGUUUGCCACAGCGUGUAGCUCCAUGUUUGACUCUGGACUUCCAGUUUGACUCUCUUUGGGCCUGAACCGUUUCUUUGGGUCUUCAAUGCAGCCAGCGGAUCAAGACAUCUGAAUGUGUUUUUCCAAGUCAUUUCUUCCUCCUCAUGGUGUUUGUACUUUUGAUAGUUUGAUGGUAAGAGAAGCUUGUCAUGUUUGUGAUAACCAGCCACUUGAGGAUGCACUAUCAUUGUGAACUGAACUAGACCCCAGGGUUAUGUCUUGUUCAUGUGUUUUAUAAUAGCUCCUAUUCUCCUUCUUCAGCCCUCUACAGGCACUCUUACAAGGCCUCAAGUACACUGGAGUCUAUAUGUUGAAAAGACAUCAUUUACACACACACAAACACACACACGGUGUUGUCUCACCAUGCAGAUGGCUGCUUUUUCUGCCCAGGUUUUGAAGAGUAGGACUCCCAGACAUCUACCUCCAGCUCCACACCACAGUCUAGAGGGUCCAGGAAGUUUGCAUGUGGACCAACAGAGGGUCACACUUCUAUCAUAGAUUAUUAAUCCAUGAUUUGGAUAUUUAACAUGAACUUGUGAUGUUUUCUAAAGGUUUCGCUGCAUAUGAUCAAAGCAAGGGACAGAAUCUCUCGACCGUCUUGGUGGUUAUAGGGUGGGAGCAGGAAUGCCAAAUAAAAAGAGCACCGUAGAUUCAGCCAGAGAUCCUUUAAAAAGUGUGGUUCUAGUCCUGUUGGUGGACAGGACCCCUCUACAGUAUAGAGUAUAACACAAUAAGCUAAGAUGAGUCCUUUUUUCCCUGCCGGCCCCAAAAACCCAGUAAGUCUGAAUCAGCAAGGACACGGAGCAGGAGUCACCAGCAUCAUGAACCUCUCUGGUGUUCUUUGGUUUAACCCGCCUGGUUGGAAAACGCAGCCAUCCUGCACACACUUCACUUGGAUCCCACAUUUCAGGGUUUCUGUUUAUCGAAGAAUCGAAUCCUCACUGUCUUCUUGAACCACUGUCGUGCAGCGGUGCUGUCUCAUCCUGUCGUUUAGAUAUUUUGCAUGUCUUUAGAGUGAAACCUACAGCACUGACUUUUUGUUGUUGCCUCUGUUGAAAUCAUUCGGUAGGAGUUCUUCCUGACCCUGAAGGAACAUGUUAUUGUUUCCAGGCAGGAGAGCAGAUGUGUGUGUGGGUCUCUGCUGAAUGAAUGACUUCUCCUCACUUUCAUCCAGAUGGUCCUUCACAGUAACGUCCUGUGUGUUUUGUUUCCUUUGUGUUGGCAUGGUCUAACCAUGAAUUUUUGGUGAAACAGCUAACGUAAAGUAUUUGUAAAGUCUAUUUCUUACGUGACCCUGAGAGAUAAAAUACUUUCAUUGAAUAAAGAUGUUUAUAAA